AUGAAGAGUGAUGAAAAUAGUGAAGAAUUCAACGAAUUUGAAUUAGAAGUUGAUGAAGAAGUCAUUAAAUACCUAUCUUCCCUAAUAUCUAAUCAAAAUGUUAAGCAUAAAAUUGUGAAAAUAAAUAAUUUAAUAGACGACCAAAUAUGUAAUCAUAUAGAAACUGGUAAUGAUCUGACUAAUAUUAACACUUUAAACAAUGAUCCUAAAGAAGAACAUCAAAAGAUAAAAACAAAUCAAGAAACAUUGGAUACGUCUCAUACUCCUAAGCAGACUAAUGACGAAGCUAGCGAAUAUGAUAUUCAUUCUAAAACUAGCGCCAAUUUCGAUCUCAUAAAAACAAACACAUUACCAUUGUUUUUGGCCUCAAAAUCAGGGCAGCAAAAAGAAGAUAAAAUAAAAUGCAAUGAAACUGAACACAAAUGCAAGAACUUUAAAAGUUGCACUAUACUAAAUGAAACAACAGAUGUCACAAUUGUGUACAACAAAAAUGAUCCCCAAACAAACGUAUUAUAUGUCUGCUAUGAUGAAGAAAAUGAUGAAUGUGAAAUAUGUAAUAGUUAUAGACUUAAAUAUAUGCCCAAUAUGAGCAUAUUUAAAAAUAAUAAUAUAUCAGUUCCCCAAAAAAAUAUAAGUUCAAACGAUAUAAAUAAUGUAUCAAAAAAAUGCGAUGAAAAUUUAUUAAAUGCAUUAAAAGAUUAUUUCUUUGUUUUAGGAUCAACAUCAAGUUCAAGGAAAUAUAUUUUAAAAAAAAGUGAUUUAAAUUUUUUAUCUGUUCAAACAAAAAUCGAUGAAAAAAAAAUAGGAUGUCGAAAAAAACUUGACCCAUUUACAUUAACAUCAAAUAUAUCAGUAGCAAAGGGAAUGAAAUUAUUAAAUAUUAUUAAUAAGGAUAAUAAACUAAAACAACAAAUUUUAGAAUUAAGUAAAAACAAAAAAGUUAUAUUAUUAGUAGGAGAUGAAGUUAUUUAUUGUAAUGGUCAAAUAUAUGAAAAACCAAAAAAUGAAAAAGAAGCAUAUAAUUUUAUUAAAUCCUAUAAUAAUAAUAAAUGCUAUAGUUAUAGCUCCAUUACAUUGAUCGAUUUUGUGUCUAACAAAAUUAUGACCGGAAUUGAUGAAUCAGUUUUAAAGUUUAGCAACAUGAAUGAUGACGUUAUAAAAAAUAUUUUAAACGACGAAUCCAUCUAUUAUUGCGCUGGGGCAUUAAAAAUUGAAAACGACAUUAUGAGUAAAUAUUUACAAGAAAUCAAGGGAAAUAUCGAUAGCAUCUUUGGCUUGUCCCUAAAUCUGCUAUUUCAUUUGAUCAACUUAUUAUGA